GGCAAACCCAGGAGCUGGGUUCUGAACCCAAGCGCCUAGGUUCAUCGUGGGUUCCUGGGUUCAUUUUAUCUUCUUCUCCAUCCUUUCCUUUCUUAGGUUUUUUUUUUUCUUUUCUUUUUCCUCCCGGCAAACCCAGGAGCUGGGUUCUGAACCCAAGCGCUUGGGUUCAUCAUGGGUUCCUGGGUUCAUUUUAUCUUCUUCUCCAUCCUUUCCUUUCUCCGGUUUUUUUUUUCUUUUUCCUCCAGGCAAACCCAAGAGCUAGGUUCUGAACCCAAGCGCCUGGGUUCACGAUGAACCCAAGCACCUAGGUUCGUCGCGUACCCAGGCGCUUUGGUUUGUCGUGGGCUCUUGGGUUCGCGAUGAACCCAGGCGCCUGGGUUCGUCGCGAACCCACCAGUUGGAUUCAUCGCGAACCCAGGCUUCUGGGUUCGUCGUGGGUUCCUAGGUUCGCGAUGAACCUAGGUGCCUGGGUUUGUCGUUAACCCACAAGCUGGGUUCAUCGCGAGCUUAGUCUCUUGGGUUCGUCGUGGGUUCUUGGGGAGAAUCUGCAAACCUCCGCUUCAUGCCAGAAUGCAUCUGCUAUAUAUACAACCACAUGGCGAUGGAAUUAAACAAAAUUUUGGAUAAUCGCAUCGAUGAUUACACGGGGAUGCCAUUUGUGCCCUUAAGUUCUGGGGAUUGUGGUUUCUUGAAGAACAUAAUGAUGCUGUUUUACGAAACGAUAAGGAAGGAAGUGGAGGACAGUCAAAACAGAACUGCGUCGCAUUUUGCUUGGAGGAACUACGAUGACAUUAAUGAGUAUUUCUUGAGCAAAAGGAGUUUCAGGAGUCUGAAGUGGCCAAUCGACAUGCGGAGCAACUUUCUCUAUACAGCUAACAAGAACAAUAGAAUGGGAAAGAUGGGGUUUGUGGACUAGAGGUCGUUUUGGAAUGUGUUUCGGAGCUUUGAUAGGCUAUGGGUUUUGUUGAUUUUGUUUUUGCAAGAAUGAUAAUUGUUGCUUGGGAGGAGACGUAGUCUAGAUGGAAAGCACUAAAAAGAAGAGAGGUGCAGGUGAAAUUGUUGACA